AUGUCCCGACCGUCAUAUGCCUCAGCCACUAAAACAUACUUUCAUAAUAGGCUUGUUACAGGUCCUGAUAGAGCAUAUUUUAUUGUUGCGAUGAUAUUAAUGCUAAUACCAGAGAUACCAUUUCUUAUAUUUGUAUGCCCAUUAUUUGAAGAAUGGAUUACAGCAGCAAUAUACCCAGUAUCAAUUUAUUUUUGGAUUGCUUCAUAUAUAUUUUUAAUUCAAACAGCAUAUACAGAUCCAGGUAUUAUACCUCGUGGAAUUUAUAAUGAUGAUAUUUUCGCACCAGAUCACAGACAACCUCUAUUUAAAAAAAUUACAGUUAAAGAUACAAAACAAGAAAUAAAAUGGUGUGAAACAUGUUGUUUAUAUAGACCACCAAGAGCGAAUCAUUGUGGUAUUUGUAAUAAUUGUGUUGAAAGAUUUGAUCAUCAUUGUCCAUGGGUUGGAAAUUGUAUUGGAAGAAGAAAUUAUCAAACAUUUUUAUACUUUUUAUAUUCAUUAGGGUUUUUAUGUAUUUGGAUAAUGGGAUUUUGUGUAGCACAUAUAUGUAUAGAAUCAGCACGUUAUAGGGACAAUCAUCCAUCUGCAUCGAGUGCAAAAGUAUUUCAAGAAGGUAUGAAUAAGUCACACUAUAUAUCGGAUUAUAACUAUAGUUUAUGGGUUAGCAGGUUUAAUGUUUGUUGGUUCAUUAGUACAAAUGAAAAGAUCAAAAAAACAUAUAAAAAGUCUAAUCCUUAUCGUAAAUCAGCAUUUGCUAAUUUUAUUGAAGCAUUUUGUCCACCACGUUAUCCAAGUUUUUAUAAAUAUACUUUAGAUCAUGAAAAGGAAUUAACAACAAUACCAACUCCAAAUAAUAUAAAUGGAAAUAAUAAUAAUAGUAUAAACAAUAACAAUAAUAAUAAUAAUAAUAACAAUAAUAAUAAUAAUAACAAUAAUAACAACAAUAAUAAUAAUAAUAAUAUAAAUAAUGGUAAUAGCGGUGGUACAACUAAUAAUGGUUAUACGCCACCAAUUUCUCCACCUCAGAUGUUACAACGUCAAUCAAGUACAAUAAGAUAUUCAUUAGAUAAUUUAAGAACAAGUAGUAAUAGUAGUUUGGGUAAUUUUAAUAAUUUGAAAUCAAGUAGAGACCUUAAUUUGUCAACUAUAAGUGAAGAUAAACCGAAAAAUUUAAGUAAUAGUAAUAAUAAUAAUAAUACCAAUAAUAAGAACACUAGUGAAGAUAAUAAUCAUAGUAGUGGAAGUGAUUUUGGUGGUGAUGAAGAAAAUAAUGAGGAUGAUUUUAAGAGUGAUAACGAUAAAGAAAUUAAUUCAUCUUCACUAUCUUUAAAUCAUGAAUUACAAGUAAAUGUUUAA